UUAGGAGAUGAAAGCAUGGAAAUUAAAAAACAAAUCACAGGAAUGAGAAGAUUACUGAAUGACAGCACUGGAAGGAUCUAUCAGCGUGUGGGCAAAGAAGGAGAAAAAUUAAAGGAAGAACCCCAGGAUUUGGAUUCAGUCUGGCCUCCACGUUUGAACUCCUCUGCUGAGGCCCCACAGAGCCUCCACCCUUCUUCACGUGGUGCGUGGAAUGAGUUACCACCCCCCAGCGGGCAGUUCUCAGGGCAGUAUGGCACCCGCUCUAGAACCUUCCAGAGUCAGCCCCACAGCACUGGGAGCUCCAACGGAGAACUUCCCGCCAUGAAUUCGUCCGUUGGAUCCAACUGCUGUACUUGCAACUGCCAGUCAACGUUGCAAGCCAUCCUCCAAGAACUCAGGACCAUGCGGAAAUUAAUGCAAAUUCAAGCAGUUGGAACCCCAAACAGACAACAACCCCCGAUUUCCCUUAUAUGCUCCCAGCGAACUGCUGUCUCACGCAAGAGAAAUAAAAAGAAAAAAGUGCCCCCAAAGACUGUUGAACCUCUGACUGUGAGGCAGAAGCCUGGCGUGUUAGAAACGGAGAAGAAGACAGCCGGGGCCUCAGAGCAGCCUGGCUCCCAGGAGGCCGAGGCCCCCUCGGCCAGGGAGAACCGCGUGCUGGGAUUCGGCAUCGUCCUGGAGUCACCUGCCUCCGAUGUAAGUCCAUGUUCUCUGGCUACUGACACGAAACUGACGUCACUUGCAGGAAUUUUAUAGCACUGAUACACUUUCCCCUUAGCUCGUUCCUCCCACGAACACUAGGGGAACUUGCAAAAGACAUGUGAGAAUGAGGAAAGGAAGACCAUGAAUAAUUUCCUUGCCUAGAAUUUUCACUUCCCAAAAUCUUCUACCUUUAUUUGAACGUGCCUCCAUUCUUUAUCCCUGCACGAAGAAGGGUGAUGGAGUAAAUAAUCUGCUCACUAGUUUCUUUAACAGUUUUAAUUCUGAAGUGGCCAUUUUCAAUGUCCUCAGCAUAGAGAGCUAAAAGAACGUAAUUAAAUCCUUUGUAAAUGGGCAUAAAUGAACAGAACCUUACAGAUAAGGUCACACCUUUCUAGAAACACAAACUAAUAAUAAAAAAAGAGCAGUAGUGCUAAUUCGAUUUUAUAGAUGCAAGCCACACUGGAAUUAGGUUGCAGUGCCAUGCCAUGUACUCUGUGUAAUGAUAGGUUAAUGCUCUGCAACGGUUUUUCUAUUUUAAUAUCAUAGCUAGAAAGCUGUUGCAGUCCCAGAUGUUGGAUGACAUCUAAGAUACCCAUCCAACUAACCAUUUUAUAGCCAUAUGACUAUAAACUGAUAUCUUUAAGAAUAUGCUAUCUUUGUAACUGCGUACUCUAUUUACAGUAUCUUUAUCUAAGUACAUUGAUGCGAACCCCUCUUGUUGGGGGAGUUCUUCAAAUAAACAGGAGUGAGUGAUCUAUUAUUAUCAGUUUGCAUAGGAUGAGAAUCCUGCUGAGAACACCCACAGGCCUAUAUGGGAUUGGAGUUUGGCCCUACCUUUUAAACUUUAAAUGAAAACUAAUUGCUAUUUUUUAAAAAAAGUGUUCCCUUUCAAAUUGCAGAAAGGCAGUUUGCUAGCAUGUAUCCAUGUUGGGUCUUUACCAAAGGGAGGCGACUUUUUUAGGCUAGAAAGUCAUUUGAACUUUUAUCCAGUCCUUAGUGUGAAAGGGUUUUCUUGGUUUUUUUACCUUUGAACACAUGCUAAAAUUAGGAAGCAGUUCUUCUCGACUCAAAACUUAAUUUUAAAAAAAUCAUUAAUGAUGAUAAUGUUCUACCCCAGGCUAGUCCGCUGACUUGAUUACAUCAUAUGCUUAUUGCAACUAAGGCCCCGGUUUCAAAACCCAGGUAGAUCACAUAUUUGGAAACAGAGGUGAAUUAUUCCACAACACAAAGUACAUUCAAUCUUAAGCAGUUUUCAUAAUACUUUUAUAUUUGUCUUGAACUUUCUAAGGGUUCUUUUCUGAUAGACAUUAAUGUAUCAGGAGCAAUCAUUUGAAUUGUGUAAAUCAUCUCCUAAAUGGGUCACUCUAGUGCUAAUAACUGAACUUUCUCCUUUCUUUAUUUUUAAACUCCAAAUAUACUUCAGAGAUAAACUCUGGAAGAUCUCAUAAAGGCCUUAUGUACAUUAAUAAAACA